GUCUGCUGAUGCUGAGAGUAAGAACUAGGAAGAGAAACUCAGUGCUUGCUGUUCAGUCUAGUCACCGGUAGUGCAGAGGAGAUCGCUCGUUUUCUUCCAGGGUCUCUUUCUUUCUCUUCAAGUUUCAUUUUUUAACGGUUUGUUCCAUGAGCAUAUGAGGCCAUGAAGCGAGCAUUGAAGGGGAAAGGUCAGGAGAAUGUGGGCAGCUCUCUGCUCAGUCCACAGGAGAAUGAGAGGCUGGAGGAUCUGCUGGGCAGGAGGUGUGUGUCUCUGUCCUCAGCGGUCGUGCAGUUACUCAUGGCUCUUCCGAGCGAGCCGAACCGCUGGACACCACAGCAGUCUGGAGUAGUUUGUUUCGUCAAAGACAGUCCUCAGCGCUCCUUUUUCAUCCGUCUCUAUGACAUGAAGGCAGGGAAGCUGGUGUGGGAACAGGAAAUCUAUAACCAACUGAUGUACCAAAGGACCAGGCCUUUUUUUCACACUUUCCCAGGAGAUGACUGUCAGGUGGGGUUGAACUUUGCAGAUGUAGGAGAGGCUGAAAAUUUCUUUGCUGUAGUGGAGGACAAGAUCAACCAGAGAAAUAGUCGUUUUUUAGAGAAACAGCAGAAAAAAGGACAAGAAUAUAGAGAUCAUGGAGCUUUGCCACCACUUCCUCGGCCAAAUGGUUCUGGCGUUCCUCCUUCUUCUCCCAUGCCUCCACUGGUACCAAGUAAUAUCCAGAACCAAAUGACCCCUUCCAAAUCAAAGAAAGACAAGAAAGACAAAGACAAGAAAAAUAAAAAGAAAGGAUCCAAACUGCUGAAGGGGGAUAUUGGAGCACCCAGUGGAUUCACGCAUGUCACUCACCUUGGCAUGGGUUCCAACAAUUUGGACCCAGACCUGAUGAAACUUCUGUCCCGUGCUGGGAUCAGUGAAGCAGAUAUGAAUGACUCAGAGACCUCUCAGCUCAUUUAUGAUGUCAUUGAGCGUUCAGGUGGAAUAGAGGCUGUUAAAAAGAAAGUGAACGAGCAGGAGUCUGCACGCCCUCCUGUUCCCAGUGGACAUCGGGGUUCUCUUCCCCAAGUGCCAUCUGGGUUCUCCUCAGCACCUCCACCACUACCUCAAGGACGAAUGGGGCCUCUACCGCCUGUCCCGGGUCAAUCCUCUGGUCCACCUUCUCAUCGAGGUUCCCUUCCACCUACACCACCAAGAGCAGUUGGAUCACCACAAAUCCCUGAGGGCCGUGGCAGUCCUCUGCCAGCCCGAUCCACAUCAUUAGGCCCCCUGCCACCGGUUCCUGCCGGAGGCCGUACCGGACCCUUGCCUCAACCUCCAGGACACCGCAGCGCACCCUUACCUCCUCCACCUGGAGGUCGGAGUGGAGGUUUACCCCCACCACCACUUCCAGGAGAACGUAAGGAGUCUUUAGCCCCCGUUCCAGGAAAGAGACCUGGACCACAAAUGACCGAAAGACGAGGUAGCUUUCAGCCGCCCCAACCUCCUGGGGCAGCUCCACCACCACUACGACCGGGUGUGAGGAGCACACCCUUACCCCCACCUCCGAGAGACAGUAGUGAAUGUUUGCCACCUCUGCCUCAAUCUAAUAUGCCAUUACCUCCUCCCCCAUCUGAUUUCUUCCCUCCUCCACCUUGUGAAUCAUUUCCUCCACCUGAAGACUUUGCUAAUUCUGUGCCUCGACCUCGUCCCUUUGAAUCCAACUUUCCUCCCAGAAGCAAUUCCUCGGGCUUCGCCCCUCCACUCCCUCCUAUCUCAUCCAAACCCAGUGCAGGCGGUCCGGCUCCACCACCUCCUCCUCCACCUCCCGCUGCUCCUCCUCCAAUGAACUUUGGAAACAAUCCCUCAUCUCCAAGUGGUCCGCCACCUCCAGCAUCCAGUGGUGGUGAAGGGGGUAGAGGAGCACUACUUUCCCAGAUACAGUCAGGGAUGAAACUCAAAAAGGUGGCCACCAACCCAGAUCCACCUUCACCUGCCCUGGAUACAGGAGAGGGAAUAGUUGGAGCUCUAAUGAUGGUGAUGCAGAAGAGGAGUAAAGUCAUCCAUUCAUCUGAAGAGGACGAUGAAUUUGAUGAUGACGAGGACGAUGAUGAAGAGUGGGAUUAAUCCUGGUGUAACUGAAAUACUUUCAGUACAUGUACCUAGGCAGUUUUAUAUGUUUUGAAAGUUAAACAACACUGAUCCAAAGCAUUCUCUCUAGGGAUGCACUGAUAUUCUGGCCAAUUCUGAAAAAUGCUGAUAAAUGGCUGGUAUUAAAAUUGUUAUUCCUAAACAAAUGAAAUCAAUUUCAUUAUACUUUAUGAAAAAUGGAUGUUCAUUUUGAGAUUUGCUAAAUAUUAAAUUUAAAAGAGAUGUUUAAAUUAUAGGGGUUUUUUUGUGUUACUUACCUUAAGUGAGCAUUGGAUUAUGGCAAAGGUAAUUAAAAGGUAAUCUAAUUUUUAAAAAAGUAAAAUAUUGUACCAACAUAUCAUGCAUAGGUUCUCUUUCUAGUCCCAAGGGUUCUCGGUUUCUGUGUUUCAGUUGAUGUAGAUAUCUAUAAUAUCAUAUAUGUGAAUCAGUACUGAAUGUUUUUACAAUAUGUAAAUAUACUAAAAUGUGAAUUGAAAAGUAAA